AUGGCAAAGCUGAAUAUUAAUUAUCCAAUUUUGGUUGUUUUCACUUUGUUGAUAGCCACACAAGUUAGCCCUAGAAAAUUAUGUGAUGAAGAAGAUGAGCUACGCCUCGAUUACAUCUGCCUUCACAAUCAAAAGCUAACCAAAAUCCACUUCUACGCCCAAGACCUGUCGGGGGGCCCGAACGGCACGGUGCACGAACUCGCACGCGCCGCCGUCUCCACGGACGAGCCGUUCUCGUACGGGAAAAUGUACGUGGUGGACGACGCGCUCACCGCCGGGCCCGGCCGCGGCUCGGGGGACGUGGGGAGGGCCCAGGGUAUCUUUACCUCCGCCGAUAUGAAGACGACGGCGAUGGCGAUGAACUUCAACAUCGUCUUCACGUCGGGGGAGUACAACGGGAGCACCCUCAGCAUUGCCGGCCGGAAUCAGGUGCUGGACCGGCAGCGCCGCCUGGCCGUCGUCGGGGGAACCGGUGUGUUCCGGUUCACGCGAGGCCACGCCGUCAUCAACGCUUACUCAACCACCGUCGGGGAGGAUUCUUCGCUCUAUCUUGUUAUCGAAUACUUUAUUUACACCACCUUUUGUUCCAUGUGA